AUCUGCCUCCUGAUGAGUAGCUAUGAUUACAUGCCACUGGUACCUGGCUUUUUAAACUUUUUGACAGUAGCCAUCCUCACAAGUGGGAAGUGAUGUCCCUCCUGUCUUUUUAAAGUAUAGGACAUGAGCUCGUCGUACUCAGCCCUGCUCGCAUGGGAUGUUACCUCUCACUGAUGUCCUUCUGACCUUUGUGUCUAAAACUGCAGCAUUGCCCUGAGCAACUGGUGGUUCGUGGCUCACCUGACAGAUCUGCUGGAUCACUGCAGGCUCCUCCAGUCACACAACCUCUAUUUUGGUUCCAACAUGAGAGAAUUCCUCCUGCUGGAAUAUGCCUCAGGACUAUUUGCUCAUCACAGCCUAUGGCAGCUGGGGGUGGAUUACUUUGACUACUGCCCUGAGCUGGGGCGAGUUUCUUUGGAGCUGCACAUUGAGCGGAUCCCUCUCAACACGGAGCAGAAAGCCCUCAAAGUGCUGCGGAUUUGUGAACAGCGGCAGAUGACUGAACAAGUUCGCAGCAUCUGUAAGAUCUUAGCCAUGAAGGCUGUCCGCAACAACCGCCUGGGCUCUGCCCUCUCUUGGAGUAUCCGUGCCAAAGAUGCCGCCUUUGCCACACUUGUGUCAGACAGGUUCCUCAAGGAUUACUGUGAGCGAGGCUGCUUUUCUGACUUGGAUCUCAUUGACAACCUGGGGCCAGCCAUGAUGCUGAGUGAUAGACUAACAUUCCUGGGAAAGUACCGUGAAUUCCACCGGCUGUAUGGGGAGAAGCGGUUCAGCGAUGCUGCUUCUCUGCUGCUGUCCCUCAUGACUUCUCAGAUUGCACCUCACUCUUUCUGGAUGACUCUACUCACAGACGCCCUGCCCCUUUUGGAACAGAAACAGGUGAUUUUUUCAGCAGACCAGACAUAUGAGCUGAUGCGAUGUCUGGAGAACCUGACCUCAAGGAAGCCAGAUUGUGGAGAACCUGAUACUCAGCGACUCCAGGAGGAUGACAUAGAGACCACCAAGGUGGACAUGCUGAGACUUGCUCUAGCACGGAAUCUUGCCCGGGCAAUUAUAAGAGAAGGUUCAUUGGAAGGUUCCUGAAGUCACUUGCAAUGUGGUACCUUUGUAUGGAAUUGUAUAUAGAUUUAAAAAAAAAGAAUAAAUGUUCUGUUUUGCAAAUACAAAGCAAGUUCUUAA